AGAGGCUAACCAAUCGUGUGUGGCAAGGUGGCAAAAUCGAAUUUACUUGUAAAUAGUGGGACAGUAGUGAAGCGAAACGAUUCGGUAGAGAGACACAACAUCCCGCAGACGCAUGGCGUUAUGGUUGCGCCGCAAGUACGCAACCAGCAUUCUUCGACUUCCGCACGUGCACCUGCCGCACGUGUAGAUGCGUAGAUAAUAAAAAAAACCAAGAGAAAAUAGAACGAAAAAAUCGCGAUUAGAAGAAGACUUUUGCAGUGCAGUAAACCAGUACAGUAUCACUUGAACACUUCACAUGUUUAGCUAACAAACAUACACACAGUAAAAACCGCUAGUAUGCAUAGUCGCAGUUUAUCCUUGUACAGUGCAAAAACGGAAAAGGAGAAGACAGGAAAGCAGAAAGGGGGAAGCAAGCAUAGCGAUAACUAUCGUAACCAAAGGUCGUCAUCAGUGUAGUACAGAAACAACACAAAGAAACGCAAAUUUCAGGAAAUAGGACACAAAAGCGAAACGAAAUGUAAAGCAAACCCGACCAGGCCGGUACAAGGGAGAAAGACAGAGACAGAGAGAGAGAGAGAGAAUAAUUUUGUACUUCUUUAAUUUAAUUAUACCCAAGGAAGUAUAUAUAUAUAUACAUAUAUAUGUAUACACGUACAUACAUAUACAGUGCAUAUACAUUUAAUCUAUAUAUAUUUAGAUAUUUUGUACUACACGCAAAGAAAGGGAAAGCAUGAAUCAGCUGAAAGAAAUGGAAUGUGACAUUUGGAAGUGAGAAAAAGUUCGUACUGAGAUGGUGAAAAAUCUGACAAAAAAAGAAAGAAAGAAGACAAACGCACUCAGCUGAAAAGAGAAGCCAACCCCAGGACGGGGAAGGGAAUGAAAAAUCAAUCAAUGCUUAGAAAGUGGCGAAUGGUCAGAUGCGAAUACACAGAGCAAGGAAAUUAAAGUUAAGAAAUGUAAAGCGAUCGAAAAUAGUAGCAAAAACAGUAAACCAGCACUGUAAUAAAGCAAGAGAAGAAAACAAAACAUAAGUCGUUAGUCGUUUAGAAGAAAUAGAGAAAGAAGCAAACGAAGAAGAAUAAGAGAGAGAACAAACACAAUCGGUUAGUCAAAACAGUAUAUACACAAAUAGUCAAAUACAUUAAGAGAAAAAAAAGGGUAAUACA